AUGGCGAACCUCCAAUAUGUCGCGUUAAUAUUGUUACUCACUUUAAAUGUAGCCCAUUCGGCCUUCACACCAGGAUGUAGUUUUUAUAACGGUCAGUGUGUUUACAACGUUAAACUUGGACAAGAGGGUCAGUGCAACUCCGUCCAACAAGCGGCUAGUGCAGCUCCAAGUGGCAGUGGUCAUCUGAAUGGUGGAGAAUGCACAUGUAAUGAUGUCACACUUGCUAAGAAUGACCUUGUAACACUUCAGGGGACGGUGAAUCAGCUGCAGCAUGCGGUAGACCAGCUCUUCAAACAACUCAAUUUGACAAAGACUGAACUUGCACAGACUAACCAACAGGUGGCAACGGAAACUGCUGGCAACGCCGAUCUGCUAUCCACACUCCACCUCAAGGAGCUCGCCCUGAACCAGACUGACCAUGAACUGGCUAGUGUACUUAACACAGCGGGGACGGAAAUAAAAAAUCUGAGAGAACAGCUCCAGAACGCUACUCGGGAUCUGAAUGUAUGUCAGGGAGUAGUCAACCCCGGCAGCCAAUCCUCAGUACCAGCACUUACUGGAGAUUACGCCACCUUCUACUGUCCAUUCCAAGACAGUCACAUGUGCGGUUUCAAUCACGAAUCUGGCGACGAUGGUAACUGGUUAUUUAACAAAGCUGCCCAUUCUGGCACUGGCCCAGAGGCGGACCAUACAUAUGGAACACCAUCAGGUUAUUACAUGUUGAUGGACGCCAAAACUCUUGGAGGUUCUUCUUCCGGUCACACACGCAUUUUCCGCUUAGACUCGCCAUCGAUGAAAUCAUCCCAAAAUUACUGCAUCAAGUUCUGGUACAAUAUGUACGGAAGUGAUGUGCAAAACUUAAAUGUAUACGCAAAGAUACAUAACGGAUUGGGAAACCCUAUAUUCACCAGAAACGGAAAUCAAGGACUUGAGUGGCAUUUGGCGGAAAUUGACCUCAACGACGAGUACACAAGAAACGAUUUCUCUAUCGUCUUUGAAGCUACGACGAAUGCCUACAAAUCCUAUACAUACAGCUCCAGCGGCGGAAGUCACUAUGUCUACCAUAACCAAUACGGCAACAUCGCCAUUGACGACUUUUACGCUUAUAAUACUACGUGCAGCAGCAUUCCAAAUUGUCCGCCCGGCUCAUACAAACGGACGGUUGGCAACGUGACAUCAUGUUUGAGCUUCCAUUCAGCGCCCUUAUCUUGGUUCAAAGCCAAUGAAGAUUGCAAGAAGGAAUCGGCCCAUGGACAUUUGAUGACAAUUCCAAAUGGACAAACCCAGAACUAUCUCCUUCAUCUCAUCAAUAAUGAUAUAGGUCUAAUGGCAGCCGGUCAGUCCGGUUACUAUAUUUCCGCCUCAGACGAGUGGAGUGAGGGCUCAUUUGUUUGGACAGACACCGGCACUCCGUACCGAGUUAACUACACUAGCUGGCACACUGGCCAACCUAACAAUGUCGCAAGUAAUCAAGAUUGUGUUCUUCUCGAAUACCCCUCUGCUGACUACGAAUGGGGUGAUGUUGACUGCCGAACCAAACACCCCUACAUCUGUGAAAUCGAAUUUUAG